AUGACCCCCGCGUGCUCACAAGAAACUCAGCUCGUCCUAGCUGUCAUCAUCAGAGCCAGGAAUUACUCGCUUAAGUCGGGACAGGUCGCGUGCGAGUGGAGCGUCAAGGACGCUGCAUCUCCGAACGGUGUAGUGUUGGAGGUGGUAGCUAUUGUCGCCGUCCCGCACUGGCGGUGCAGAUCGGCGGCUCUUCACACGGGCUGGUCAAUGAUAACCACCACGAGCUGGCGUAUCGCUGGCGAAGCGCUGGCCGUGACUGCCAGGACUAAAUGCAGCCAUCAAAAUAAGUCUCUUGGGAGACGAGACGGUGGCCUCCAAUCAUUCUUCCCCCGCGCCCUCGUUUUCCCGCUCAUUGAUGGCGCAGAUGUCACGCUGGAUGCCGCAGCAGCCCUCUGA